AGACUGUGAAUAAAAACUGCACAAAUGAUACUGUUCAGGUAACACAAAGAAACUGUGAAAGAAGAAUUGCUUUUGUCAACAUAUGUGACCAGAAAAGCAGAAAACUGUUUGUAACACUUGGUGCUCAAAGUUCCCACACAGUGUGUGACACUGAAGUUAGAAGGUAGCAUUUUGACCCUGUUUUUACACCUGAAGUGACAGGAGCUGAUGACAUCUGGGUCAAACUGUAAAAGGUCAACCCAUUCAAUGAAAUAUUUGUGGUGUGGAUAACAGUCACAGUGUUUUGUUGUUUUUUGUCUUUCCACCCAGCCGUUUUUCUGUCUGUUAAAGGGAAACUCUACACUGCACAAUGUCAAAAAAAAAUCCAAAGAGGAGCUUGUUAAAAAAAAGGAAAGAAAAAAUGAUUUGUCACAUGUGGCUUUCCGUAGCGCCACGCUCGGUGGGUGGGGAAGUGCAACGCAAAGGCAUAGAGGUCAAGAGGAGGGGAGAAGAAAACCACGUGUGACACCACCAUGUACAGCACUGUCCUUCCUCCGUAGACUUGUUUUUGUAAGCUUGUACCCUUCGCAUGUAGCCAGCUAGCCUUUGUUAGUCGGAGAAGCAGACUUGUUUUUUGUAUUUCUUUUACAGACUCACAUAUUCAAGCAAAGCUGCAGGGGGAUUUCUGUCGCCACACUGACUGCCGACCAUGGUGAGCAAGACAGAUGACAUCCCGGCGUCAGUGCCUAACUGUAAUCCGGUUGAUCUUGCGGAUGAAACUGGGGAUGGAGCCCAGGAAGCCAACAAGACACGUCUGAAGGAUUCCUGCGGUUGUGGGCACAGUGCAGAUACAACCAUGGUGAAUGGGGACGGGGCUCAUGAACAUACGGAGGAGACAGAAUCGAAGCCGGAUGGGACCGGUGAGGCGGAUGGAGGGGAGGAGUCUAACGAACAGGAAGUGAUUGUGAUCCAGGACACAGGCUUCACUGUUAAGAUCCAGGCCCCUGGAACAGAACCGUUUGACCUGCAGGUGUCUCCCCAGGAAAUGGUACAGGAAAUCCAUCAGGUGUUGAUGGACCGCGAAGACACCUGCCACCGCACCUGCUUCUCCCUGCAGCUGGAUGGAAACGUGCUGGACAACUUUGCUGAGCUCAAGUCCAUUGAGGGCCUGCAGGAGGGCUCGCUCCUGAAAGUGGUGGAAGAGCCCUAUACUGUGCGUGAAGCUCGCAUCCAUGUGCGUCACAUCAGAGACCUGCUGAAAAGUCUGGACCCCUCAGACGCCUACAAUGGAGUGGACUGCAACUCCCUCUCCUUCCUCAGCAUCUUCACUGAUGGAGAUCUUGGAGAUAGUGGUAAGCGAAAGAAAAAAGGCAACGAGCUGGAGCAGAUUGACUGCACCCCUCCAGAGCACAUCCUGCCUGGCAGCAAAGAGCACCCCCUGGUGCCCCUCCAGCCACAGAACAAGGACUGGAAGCCUAUGCAGUGCUUGAAGGUCCUGACCAUGAGUGGCUGGAACCCUCCACCUGGAAACAGGAAGAUGCACGGUGACCUCAUGUACCUGUACAUCGUGACUGUGGAGGAACGCCACGUCAGCGUCACUGCCUCUACACGCGGCUUCUACCUCAACCAAUCUACUACCUACACCUUCAACCCCAAACCAGCCAACCCCAGCUUCCUGAGCCAUUCUCUGGUGGAGCUGCUGAGCCAGAUCAGCCCUGCCUUCAAGAAGAACUUCACUGCCCUGCAAAAGAAAAGGGUCCAGAGACAUCCAUUUGAGAGGAUAGCCACGCCUUUCCAGGUGUACAGCUGGACAGCUCCGCAGGUAGACCACGCUAUGGACUGUGUUCGAGCUGAGGACGCCUACACCUCCCGUCUGGGUUAUGAGGAGCACAUACCUGGACAGACCAGAGACUGGAAUGAGGAGCUGCAGACCACCAGGGAGCUGCCCCGGAAGAACCUGCCUGAGCGGCUGCUGAGGGAGCGAGCCAUAUUCAAGGUCCACAGUGACUUUGCAGCAGCUGCCACUCGAGGAGCUAUGGCAGUAAUUGAUGGCAACGUAAUGGCCAUCAAUCCUGGUGAGGAAACACGCAUGCAAAUGUUCAUUUGGAACAACAUCUUCUUCAGCCUUGGCUUCGAUGUGCGGGACCACUAUCGUGAGCUGGGUGGAGAUGCCGCCGCCCACGCUGCACCCACCAAUGACUUGAAUGGAGUACGAGCUUAUGGGGCGGUGGAUGUGGAGGGUCUCUACACCCUGGGGACAGUAGUGGUGGACUACAGAGGCUACCGGGUCACUGCCCAGUCCAUCAUCCCAGGUAUCCUGGAGAGAGAGCAGGAGCAGAGCGUCAUCUACGGCUCCAUCGACUUUGGAAAGACUGUUGUGUCUCACAGCAAAUAUCUGGAGUUGCUGGAGAAGACCAGCAGGCCACUCAAGGUCCAGAGACACAGCGUGCUGAACGAGAAGAAUGACACGGUGGAGCUGUGCUCCUCUGUUGAGUGUAAAGGCAUCAUCGGGAAUGAUGGCCGACACUAUAUACUGGACCUUCUGCGUACUUUCCCCCCUGACCUCAACUUCCUGCCUGUGGAUGGAGAGGACCUCCCUCUAGAGAGUCAGCACCAAGGCUUCCCCCGCAACCACCGCCACCGCCUGGCUUGUCUCCGCCAGGAGCUCAUCGAGGCCUUUGUUGAGCACAGAUAUCUUCUCUUCAUGAAGAUGGCAGCGUUACAGCUCAUGCAACAGAAAGCAAACAAGGACACUAAGACUGAUAUACCUGCCAUCACAGAAACCUCAGAAACAUCCACAGAAAACAAUGCUGAUACAAGCCAGACACAGACCACUGCAUCAGAUUCUCCUAAUGCAACAGGGGUUUCCACAGACAGCACAAGCCAGACAGACAACAGCACUUCUGCUGCCUCACAGGCAGCAACUGACAGUGAAGAAAACUCCUCGAAGCCCGCCACAAACGGGCCUCUAGACCCUGCAGCAACCCAGAAUGGGGAGUGCAAGAGCCCACUGGAGGGUAAGGAGCUUGAGGAAAGUAUACCAGGAUUAGCUCAGGCCAAAGAGCUGGCGGAGACCUUAGUUGCCGAAGAUGGAUCUGGUAUUGAUCCCAAAAGCCGUGAGGUUGUCCUAAAUGCUUGCAAGGCAGUUGGCUCCGUCAGCAACACAUCUUUUGACAUUCGCUUCAACCCUGACAUCUUCUCCCCAGGAGUACGUUUCCCUGACGACAGUGCAGAUGAUGUCCAGAAGCAGAAGCAGCUACUUAAAGAUGCUGCUGCCUUCCUGGUGUCCUGUCAGAUCCCAUCACUGGUUAAAGACUGUUUGGACCACAGCGCUCUGCCUAUGGAUGGAGCCACACUGACAGAGGCCUUGCAUCAGAGAGGCAUUAAUAUUCGCUAUUUGGGCACUGUUCUGGAGUUUGUGGACAAGACCCCUGCUAAAGCCCAACUGGAGCACUUCUAUAGAAUAGGAAUAAGUGAGCUGAUCACUAGAUGUGCAAAACAUAUCUUCAAGACAUACCUCCAGGGUGUGGAGUUGUCUGCCCUCUCUGCUGCUGUAAGUCAUUUCCUUAACUGUUUCCUGAGCUCCUUUCCCGACGCCGUCGCCCACCUGCCUCCUGACGAGCUGGUCUCACGCCGCAAAAGCCGUAAGCGUCGCAACAGAGUCCCCGGUGGCGGAGACAACACGGCAUGGGCCAGCCUGACGCCCAGUGAGCUGUGGAAGAACAUUGCCUCCGAGGCUCAGAGCUACUAUCACUUCACCAUACAGUGUGAAAGUGUGGACCAGGUGGUGGAGAAGUACGGCCUCCAGAAAACCACUCUGCUCAGAGAAAUAUCUAUCAAAACUGGCAUCCAGAUUCUGAUAAAGGAGUACAACUUUGACAGCCGCCACAAGCCUGCGUUCACAGAGGAGGACAUCCUGAAUAUUUUCCCUGUAGUGAAGCAUGUGAACCCCAAAGCUUCCGAUGCCUUCCACUUCUUCCAGAGUGGACAGGCCAAAGUACAGCAAGGUUUUCUGAAGGAGGGCUGUGAACUGAUCAACGAGGCACUCAACCUCUUCAACAAUGUCUACGGACCCAUGCAUGUGGAGAUCUGUGCCUGUCUGCGCCUGCUGGCACGCCUUAAUUACAUCAUGGGAGACCACCCUGAGGCUCUGAGCAACCAGCAAAAGGCUGUUUUGAUGAGUGAAAGAGUCCUCGGCAUCGAGCACCCCAACACAAUUCAAGAAUAUAUGCACUUGGCUCUGUACUGCUUCGCCAACGGCCAGCUGUCGACCGCCCUGAAGCUACUUUAUCGCGCCCGUUACCUCAUGUUGUUGGUUUGCGGGGAGGACCACCCAGAGAUGGCACUGCUAGAUAGUAACAUUGGGCUGGUGCUGCACGGAGUUAUGGAGUAUGAUUUAUCUCUGAGAUUCCUGGAGAACGCCUUGACCAUCAACACAAAGUACCAUGGACCGCGGUCCCUCAAAGUGGCCCUCAGCCACCAUUUGGUUGCAAGGGUUUAUGAGAGCAAGGCCGAGUUCCGCUCUGCACUACAGCAUGAGAAGGAGGGCUACACUAUUUACAAGAACCAGAUGGGUGAAGCACAUGAGAAAACCAAGGAGAGCUCUGAGUACCUAAAGUAUCUCACCCAGCAGGCCGUGGCUCUGCAGAGAACCAUGAAUGAGAUCUACAAGAACGGCUCCAACGCCAGCAUCAUGCCCCUCAAGUUCACUGCCCCCAGCAUGGCCAGCGUGCUAGAACAGCUCAACAUAAUCAACGGCAUCAUCUUUAUACCUCUCAGCCAAAAGGAUCUGGAGAACCUGAAGGCAGAGGUUCAGAGGCGGCAGCAGCUGCAGGAGCUGGGAAAGGGUGAGGAGCCCACUGAGGACAGCCCACUGGAACUAGAAGACAAAAUUCCCAUCGAUUAAUAUCCAAAAGCCCUCAACACACAGCUACUUUCUGCUAUUUGGGAGGGGGGGGGCCGUGACAAAACAGCCCUGUCACUGGGCCUGUGGACCCGAGAACCAAGCAGUCUAAAUCAGCAUUGAAAUAAACGGGGAGGGUUGGGUCAGGGCAGUCCAGAGAACAAACUGUAUGAACUGUAGGACAAAGGACAGAGCAGCAGUUUCCUACAAUGUUAGGAAGGGAGUAAGCAGAAAGUACAAACAACAUAGAAUCAAUGUUAACAUGCAAUGUGAAAAACCAAGGCCCAAGAACCUGGUGAUGAAGUCACUCAAGGUGUUAGCUGCUUAGAAAUAUGAUUUAUAUAUGAGAGUAGUUGCAGCUGGCGAGGGAGACCAAGGAUGACCACGAUAUUGUAUACCAGAGCCUUAUCCACUGUAACAUAAUCCCUAAGUAAUGCUUCUUCUCAGCUCAAACUACCCACAGCACUGUUAGCCCAGGACCACAUUUUUGCCCCGCCAUUCCCUAAAGAGCCUCGAAGACCCCCGGGCAUAUGGCACCACCCCCUCCCCCCCAACGGUGCUCUAAAUGAUAAAGCACCUACCCUGUCCUAGAACUCAGGGGUACUUUCUACUGUGCACUAAGACCAGAAUACAGUCAAUAAAUUUGAGAUUUUUUCGAGUGGGGCUUCAGAAUGUAAAUUCCCCUCUUGGUGGCUUCUUUGAGCCACUUUGCAGCAAUCACCCAUCAUUCUUACACGUCCCCGAUGGUUAAAUAAUUUAAUCUUUCCAUCAUGUGUACUUGAGACAUCCCAGGUGGGUGCCUGCUGUGUCCAAUGGUUCCUGUUUCUUCAAGCAAGCAAAUAAUUAGUGAGCUCUCAACUGUUUUUUUUAUUGCUGGAUUUAUUUUUUCUUUCUUUCUUUCUUUCUUUUUUUUUUUUUUUUUUUUUUUUUUUUUAGUAAAUAUAAUUAAUUUUUGUAAAAGUGCACAGGAGAAUUAAGAAGGUAUUUUAGGCCUAUGGAUCAUCAGUUAAUUUAAGCCAUGUCUGUUUUAUAGAAAAUGUAUAGAGGUGGGAAAAGAUGUAUAAAUCUCUAUCGGAUUUAGACAGGUUCUCGAUUGAUGUUAAUGGAAAACGCAGAUUUGAAAAACGUCCACUUUACGCAGUAGAAUAUCAAUCUAUAUACUAGCUGUGUUCAACCUUCUAUUUUUACACAUUGAAAGAAAAUAUGUGCAUGUAUGUUUGUAUGUGUGACAGUGUGUGUGUCCUUGUGUAGUCCAACAGAAAAUCUAUUGGCCAUGGCUGUUGCUUUUGCUGCUGCAUAGUUUGAAUAGAGGCUAAGCGAACAUUGGCUUUCCAGAUGUUUUAUUUUUCUACGCAUAGUAAACCUGUUGGAUGGCUGAUGCCUCUUUUCUUAAAAUAUUCAUGGCCACCAAUGUUGUCAAUCUGUUUAUGUAUGAAUUGGUACUGAAAUUAACCUAUUCUCACCACUGGACAGGUUCACAACAUUGGCAGUAGUGAGUGAUUUUAUUGUUGCUGGGUGUUUGUUUUUGUUUUUUUCUUUUUCCAUUAUUGGGUCAUGUCAUCUUUUCGUAUGUAACUGAGACAAAAAACCAGCCAGGAGUGUCUGUUCACUGAGCAGUAUUUAGUGCACUUUCUUGUGCUGUUUGGAUGUGUUAACAUAUUUACAGCACCACCAAAAGUGGACAAAAGAAUGGCUGCCUCAAUGUGAUGUACCAAAAAAGACUGAAGGUUUGUUUGCGCUUGUAUACAUGCAAUGUAUCCCUCCCAUGGCAAUUUGUUACUUAAUUGUUGCCGUGUCUAAAUGUUAUGUGAUUAAAGCAAUAGAGAGAUGGUGCUGGAA